GCGUGGUGUCGCUGCCAGGAACUGGACUGGCUACUGUUCCUGCUGCCGCUGGUGGCGCGGCGGGCUGAGGAGUCUGCGGCGGGCAAGGUGGCGGUGGCAGCGGCGGCAGCGGCUCAGGGAUCCCGAGGGUGAAGCUGAUGCCUUGCGGUGCUGAGCGCUGCUGCUCGUGGCUGAGUCUUCCCCACCUGGCUGGGGAUGCUGAGUAAAGGGUCGCUGCAGCGUGUGCUGUCUGCCAUCAAUAGGAGACGGAGGAUGAAGCUGUUGAUGGGGCUCGCUCUGGUCGCCUAUGUCGUCUCUGUAUGGGGAAAUGUGCUCAACAUGAGCAGGUUUAUCCAGGAUAAUGGAGAUCAAAAAGUAGAAAAUAAAAUUGAAGAGGUUAUUGCACCUCUAAGGGAAAAGAUCCGAGAAUUAGAGAAAAGUUUUACUCAAAAGUACCCACCAGUGAAGUUCUUAUCUGAAAAGGACCGUAAAAGAAUUUUGAUAACUGGAGGAGCAGGGUUUGUGGGUUCUCAUCUUACUGACAAACUAAUGAUGGAUGGCCAUGAAGUUACAGUUGUGGACAACUUCUUUACGGGCAGGAAAAGAAAUGUGGAACACUGGAUUGGCCAUGAGAACUUCGAACUGAUUAAUCAUGAUGUCGUAGAGCCCCUGUACAUUGAAGUGGACCAGAUUUAUCACUUAGCCUCUCCAGCUUCUCCUCCAAAUUAUAUGUAUAAUCCCAUAAAGACAUUAAAGACAAACACAAUUGGAACAUUAAAUAUGUUAGGUUUAGCAAAACGUGUUGGAGCCCGUCUUCUCCUUGCAUCCACUUCUGAAGUGUAUGGAGAUCCUGAAGUUCACCCACAAAAUGAAGAUUACUGGGGUCAUGUGAAUCCUAUAGGACCUAGAGCAUGUUAUGAUGAAGGAAAAAGAGUUGCUGAAACCAUGUGCUAUGCCUAUAUGAAGCAGGAAGGUGUUGAAGUAAGAGUUGCCCGAAUCUUCAAUACAUUUGGACCCCGAAUGCAUAUGAACGAUGGCAGAGUUGUUAGUAACUUUAUCUUGCAAGCUCUUCAAGGAGAACCUUUAACUGUAUAUGGGCCUGGCACUCAAACCAGAGCAUUCCAGUAUGUCAGUGACCUUGUGAAUGGGCUUGUGGCCUUAAUGAAUAGCAACGUUAGCAGUCCUGUUAACUUGGGGAAUCCAGAGGAACAUUCUAUUCUAGAAUUUGCCCAAUUAAUUAAAAAGCUUGUGGGCAGUGGAAGUGAAAUCCAGUUUCUGUCAGAAGCUCAAGAUGAUCCUCAAAAAAGGAAGCCAGAUAUCAAGAAAGCCAAACUAUUGCUUGGUUGGGAACCUGUGGUUCCAUUGGAAGAAGGUUUAAAUAAAGCAAUUCAUUAUUUUCGGAAAGAACUGGAAUAUCAAGCAAAUAACCAAUAUAUUCCUAAACCAAAACCUGCUAGGAUAAAAAAAGGAAGAAGCAGACAUAACUAAAAAUUCAGUUAGAAUGACAUUUUUACCUUGAAUUUGAGAAGAUGUCAUAUGUUUUUUGGAAAAGACUUCAGAACAGGUAUCAUGAAGAGAAAAAAAACUGGAAUUUCACUCUGAAGCUUGCUUUAAAGAAGUGGAUGUGCCUCAACAAGAAAACUGCAGUUCUUGCCUUGCACUUUUUAAAUCUGUCUUUUUAUGUCAAAUAGAUGCAUCUUUUUUUAGUAUCUUCAGGUUUUAUAUCUUGCUGUGAGAUCAUUUGUUAUAACUGUCCUUGACAGUUUUAUUUACUGGUUUCUUUGUGAAGCUGCGUAUAAGAUAAGAAGGGCAGAAUUGCCAAUUUAUUUAUAAAAUGGGUACUUUAAAUGAGAGAUACUAUGCAUAAAGGAAAAAAGGUAGCAGUAUUGUCAGAUGACAAACACUGGCAUUUAGAAAAUAUCCGUACAAGAGUUUUAUGUAUUCUUUAAAUCCACCCAACAUUUAGUUCUAGUUGCACAAUUGAAUCUGAACAAUUUCCACUGAUAAAUGCUAUUUUAAAUCACUACUGUAUGGUGCAUAUUCUGGGCGAAAGUUCAUGUAUUAUUGGCUACCAAUGGUUGAAUAUGCUAUUUUAAUAAAACACUGAAUCUUACAGAUUUAAGUAAAAGAAAA